CCUUUGCUAUUGUAUGUAACUAGUAUUAUAAGUAUUUAUUUCCAACAGAACUCUGUCUAUAACAGCAUCCUAUUCCGAUGACAUCUCGUGACUCAUAUAUAUAUCAAUAGUCAUUAUAUAUAACUACCUACCUUACCUACCUAGACAGCUUCUAGAUAGCUUCACGCAACGUUACUAACGCAUAACACAACAGAUGGCCGUCCCAUACGGCCUCAGUACUACAUUCUACAUAUCGCUAGCAAACGGACAAUCAGUCACCGUCAUCUGGGGCUGGGUCCUGCUCUCUCUCCUUUCGACCGCCAUCGCCGCUUCGCUCGCCGAGAUCUGUUCCGUGUAUCCCACCGCGGGCGGCGUUUACUACUGGGCCGCGCUGCUAUCGACGCCGCGCUGGGCCCCGAUCUCCAGCUGGAUCACCGGCUGGCUGACGCUGGUGGGCAACUGGACCGUGACCCUGUCCAUCAACUUCGGCGGCGCGCAGUUGAUUCUCAGCGCCGUCUCGCUGUGGGACGAGGACUUCGUCGCCAACGAGUGGCAGACCAUCCUUAUGUUCUGGGCCGUCAUGCUCGCGUGUUACUUGAUUAACGUCUUCGGCUCCAAGUAUCUGGAUCUUAUCAACACCCUCUGUAUAUACUGGACCGCCGCCUCCAUCGUUAUUAUACUCGUCGUUCUCCUGGCUAUGUCCCCGAGCAAGAGGAGCGGCGAGUUCGUGUUUGCGCACUAUGAUGCCUCGGCCUCGGGCUGGCCGGCCGGCUGGUCGUUCUUCGUCGGUCUGUUGCAGCCCGCGUACGUGCUGACGGGCUACGGCAUGGUCGCAGCUAUGUGCGAGGAAGUACAGGCGCCCGAGCGCGAGGUUCCCAAGGCUAUCGUCUUAUCAGUCGUGGCGGCCGGUAUUACAGGUCUUAUCUAUCUAAUUCCGGUCCUUUUCGUGCUACCGGAAGUCCAAACGCUCCUUGACGUGGCGAACGGUCAGCCAGUUGGUCUCAUAUUCAAGACGGCGACGGGAAGUGCCGGGGGUGGCUUCGGAUUGCUAUUCCUUAUCCUGGGUAUUUGGUUAUUCGCCGGUGUCGGUGCGCUGACGGCUUCGAGUCGCUGUACUUACGCUUUUGCACGCGACGGUGCCAUCCCCGGCUCUGGCCUCUGGAGUAAAGUCGAUAAGCGGUUCGAUAUCCCGCUGUGGGCUCUCACUCUAUCGGCAAUUGUAGAUUGCUUAUUGGGCCUCAUUUACUUCGGUUCGUCGGCAGCAUUCAGCAGCUUCACGGGAGUCGCUACGAUAUGUCUCUCGACGUCGUACGGGCUGCCAAUUUUAGUCUCCGUUAUGCGCGGUCGUAAGCAGCUAGAACAUGCUUCAUUCUCACUUGGUCGUUUUGGGUUUGUUAUCAAUGUGACGACGCUGUUAUGGAUUAUCCUUGCCAUCUUCUUGUUCUGCAUGCCGACUAAUCUCACCGGGCUGGACGCUUCCACCAUGAAUUAUGCCAGUGUGGUAUUUGCGGGUUUCGCUGCCAUCAGCAUCAUCUGGUAUUUUGCAUGGGGCCGCAAACAUUUCUCUGGGCCCCCGAUCUUGAAGUCUGAAAUGGUUGAUCAUGGUGUAGGGGUUGUUAGGGGACAAUCUCUAGACGAGGAGGUGGGGGCGAAGGAAGUAAGCGCGAAAGAAGAGUCUGAUUCGAAGGUUGUAUGAUAUUUGAUAGGCCUCGCUUAGCUACCUAAAGUUGAUGAAUCAAAAUGUACACAGUGUUACUGUUUCUGUGCCAAUGGUCUAGAUAUUUAGGGGUUGGCGUGAAUAACCCCUUUUUGCUAUAGAGCCAAGCCUACCUAUACCUAAAUAAAAUCACAUCGACGCAGAACGGUACAAGA